UGGUUGUACAAGUUAUAUUCGAGUCUGUAGUGAGUCUUACCAAGUAUUACAUGCACAUGUGAUGAAGAUGAAGCAUUGAGAAUCAAAUGAGCCACAUCUCCUGAGAUGAGCUCCAUGUCUGUUGUGUGGACAUGGAGGAACAGUCAACACAGCGAAAUAAGUGAAUCCUGGGGCGGACAUCAGAAAACGCAUCACUCUGAGGAUGGAGCGUCUGGUUUGUGUUACUCCCACUGCACCACGGCUGUGUGGGUGCAGCGGUGAUGCAGACGAAGAGAAGAAUGCUUCCCGCUCCGAGAACUUGUACCUGUCACAGUGGAGGAUAUCCUCCCGGUUAAAGCAAAAACAGAAGAUCUCUGCUUCUUUUCAGGUCCGACGCAAAGUUGAAAUUUUAAGUGGCAUUGGUGAUGCAUCUCACCCCAGCUCUUCAGCUGUGCAGCUACACAAUAACCGCCUUUCCACUUUCUCAGAAAAUGAAGAAUAUUAUGAUGUGACGAUAUCAGAAGAACCAUUGUAUAUCAGUGCUCUGGGAACUAAGUCCUGUGAGAAAGAGGAUUCCAAGGCUCCAGUCAGAAGCAAAUCUGAACACCAGGAAUCUUUACAGAGUCAAGAAUCAGAAGAUACUUGCUGGGAAGAGAAGUCAGUAGUGCCCCUCCUGGUUGCUAAACUCUAUUCUGGGACUAACCCAGCUUGUAAAAGUAAUCGGUUCCUGGGACCUGAAGGAAAUGUGGAUAUUGAGUCAAUUGAUAAGAGUGCAAAAAGAUACAGUGUCCACUUCCCUGCGGCUGGUUUCUAUCUGUGGCCAGAGACAGGCCUUGGCUUCCUGGUAACAGCGGCAGUGACCGUCAGGAUUACGUUCAAUUCUUGGGGUCAGCACCUGGACCUGGAGUUACAGCAUCACAAGCAGUGGAUGGUGGCAGGCCCUUUGUUUGACAUCUCAGUGGAGCCUGAGGGGUUCAUUGCUGAAAUCCACCUCCCCCACGUCAUCUCCCUCCCAGCAAAUGAGGUGGAUCUCUCUUGGUUCCAAGUUGCUCAUUUCAAGGAUGAAGGGAUGGUUCUGGAGCCACCAGCCCGAGUGCAGCCUUUCUAUGCCGUUCUGGAAAACCCCAGCUUCUCCCUAAUGGGGAUCUUGCUGAGAUUCGCCAGAGGGACUGGUCUUUCGGUCCCCAUCACCUCCACGGCACUAAUCUAUUAUCACUUCUACCCUGAAGAUGUUAUAUUUCACUUGUAUCUUAUCCCCAGUGACUCCUUGCUAACGAUGGCGAUAGAUGAGGAGGAAGCUAAAUUUCAAGGUGUGCGUCUGCAGACCUCACCCCCAGCGGACCCACUGAAUUUUGGUUCCUGUUAUAUUGUGUCUGGUUCGCCUCACCUGGAGAUAAUAGGCAAGGAGUUGAAAUUAUCCUACAGGAGCCCUGGAGAAAUUCAGGUCUUCUCUAAAGUCUAUGCUGGAAGGAUGAAGGAACCAAUCAUACUUAAAAUUACUGAAAAAAGACACAAGACUUUGGUCUGGCAAAUUUUGGUGAAGCCAGUGGAACUCCGGUUUGGUGCUACAUCGGCCCCUCCUCCUCUCUCAGCUGUGGCCUUUAUGAAGGAGCACCGCCGGCAGCUGCGAGCCAGGAUGGGGGACCUGAAUGGAAUCCUGGACGAUCUUCAGGACAGCGAGGUCCUCAGCGAGGAAGAAAAGGAACUGGUGCAGCAGUGGCCGACACAGCAGAGAAGGAACGAGACCCUGCUGACGAUGGUGGAGAAGAAAGGGCCCCAGGUCCAGGAGAUAUUCUUGAAAAGCUUUAGUAAAAGAGACCCUUACCUGAUGUCCUACCUCAGCCAGCAGAGUUUACGACAGUGAUUCAGACAGAUACUCAGGAAGGGAGAAUCCAGUGUUCUCCACUGGAAAAUGGAUAAAACAGACGUGUGAUCAUUGAGUUCAGUGUCUAAGACAAAAGAGGUCCAGAGGGCCCCUGCACGUCACACAGGCUUUACGUUGGCAGAGACCUAUUACUGGAUCCUAAUACCUUGAAGAAUUAUCUGAAGAGAGUAGGAAUACUCCCACUAAAUGCCUUUUACAAAAAAACAUUGAACAUCAGUACCAAAAAAUAAAACCCCUGGGUUCAAAACAGGCAAAAGUUAUAAGUAACGCUUAGUAGAACAUGAACUACAAUGGACAAUGAAUCAGUGAAAAAAAUGUCAACUUCUAGUUACCAGGGAUCUUAUAUGAAAGCUAUAAGGAGAUACUGUUUUGCAUUCAUCAAAUUGCCAAAUACUAGUUUCUGGUAUGUAGUGUGAGAGAAUAUAAAAGGCACAAAAAAUAUUUGAGUACUGUUAUUUGUUAUGUAGAAUGAUUU